AUGUUCAGCUAUCAAACACCUGAGCUGAAGACCAGCAGGUAUCUACCACAAAGCCCUGUUAUGGCACCAAAGCAAGGUGCAGGUGAGGGCAAUGAUCCUGAUCACAUGUCACAAGAUAAGGCAGAAGAAGUUGCAGAGACAGGAUUGAAGCCAGGUGCCAAGAAGAAGCCAGGUGCCAAGGUGAAGCCUGCAAGUCCUGCCAAAUCAAAGACAGCUGCCUCACCUAAGAAGAGCACACCCAUGAAGAGAACACCCAUGAAGGCUGCAAUGAAGAGUCUGGGAAACACCGGUCCCAAGGCAAAGGCAAAGGCAAAGGCAAAGACAAAGGCAGCAGCUUUGAAGAAAGUGCUGAAAAAGCCUGGUGUGAAAGACACAGGAGGGCAUGACAGCACCAGUGGUUCCCUCAAGAGGCCAGCUGCUGGCAGCAGUUCAAGUCAGCCUAAGCAUGCCAAAAAUAGUCUUUUGGCUUUGUGCACAAAAUGGCAGCAAGGCAUGGCUGAGCCAAAGCAGGCUUCUGAAGAGGGUGAAGAAGAGGAAGGGUUUGAAGAUGAUCCAGAAACUGAUCCUGAAGGCACUUCCAAGAGGAACAAGUAUGUGGGCUUGAAGUUUUCCACCAUGAGGAAACAGGGAAGGAUUCCAGAUCAGAUCUUGCGGGUGGUAGACUCAGAGCCUACAAGAGCAGGCAAGACCUCCCUUCUUAGCAAGCUCUUUAAGAAGGACAAGCAUGGCAACUGGUCUAUGCAAACAAAUGACCCAGCCUUUGAGAUGAAGACCACUGCGAAUGACACAAAAUUUGGGGUUGACCAGAACAACUCCUUUCCAAGGUCAAUCAUGUUGCAUCACUGGUAUGGUGGCAAUGAACCUGCCUUCCUUCAGGCACUAGAUGAUGGAGAGAUCUUUGUUGAACAGCAGGAGGGGGUCAAAGGCCUGGAGGAUGGCAGCUCCAAAAAGACACAGCUGGCCUUGGCAUCAGGAAGCAAAGAUGAUGUAGCCCUUUCCUUUGACAAGAUUGUCUCCACCUUGCAAGAGGCAAAGCAAGCUCAGGAAAAGCUGCUAAAGGAUGUGUCAAAAGUUCUUCCCACUUUGCAGAAGUUUCCUGACCUGAGGACUGAGUAUAAAGAAGCCUGUGGCACUUUGCAAGGGAAUGCCAGCAAGCUGGCAAACAUCUUGACAUGGCAAGAGUUUCCUGAUGGACCUCUGACCAAGAAGACCAUGGAUGAUUUGAUGAUGAGCCUUGCUGAGAGUACUUCAAAGGCCUAUGAGAAAAUGGAGCAAGUCAAAGCUGCCAUCAAAGCCAGGGGUGGCAGCAGCAAGUGA